AUGGCUUCUUUUACCAGCAUUUUCCGCUUUCGGAGUCUUGAUGGCGAGAUUUACUACGGUGAGGCAGGAGGGUCUGACUGCCACACAAAGGAGAGUCUGGUCGGUCGGUCGGUCCCCGUGUUCAAGGGUGAAUACCCUUGGGAUGAAGAUUUCUCAUGGACGGACGAACGGAAGGAGGUGUCAGAGGUCGUCUGUCCAUUGCCACGCACUCCGAUCUUCCUCUGCGUGGGCCUCAACUACAGACAACAUGUAGCUGAAGGAGGACUAACUGUUGGAGAAUAUCCAACCAUCUUCACAAAACCUCCAGACGCACUUGCAGGACCUUAUGAUGACAUUUUUAUUCAUCCAGAAUGCCGUUUCAUGGACUAUGAGGCCGAGUUAUGCUUCGUCCUUCGCAAGGAUUGCAAGAAUCUUUCUCAGUCUGACAACGUCACAGAGUAUAUCCUAGGUUAUACCGGAGGCAACGAUGUCUCUUCUCGCUGGUGGCAAAUGCCUGCACGAUCCAACGAUCAGCACGGCACUGCAAAGGGAUUCGAUAAGUUUGCUCCGAUUGGUCCCGUCAUCACAUCCACUUCUGCUAUCCCAGACCCCAAGCAACUGAGAAUGGAAUGUUUCGUCAAUGGAGACAUGAGGCAGUCAACUUUGAUUGGGGAUCAAAUCUUUGACAUUCCCAAGAUCCUCGAACACUUGAGUCGAGGGACGACUCUGCGAAAAGGAACUGUGAUUAUGACAGGUACUCCUAGUGGCGUAGCAGCUGCAAUGAACCCUCCUCCGUGGCUUAAAGAUGGGGAUGUAGUAGAAGUAAAGAUUGAUAGGAUUGGAUCUACUAGCAACCAGAUAAGAUAUGAGAGUUAG